UAGGUCCCCUCACAAGCAGUGACCAAGCCUCAAGAGCAAGCUUAUAUCCCAAGCUGCUUUGUUCUGUUUUCUUAAAGAUGGGAAUGAAAGAACCCUCUACCUCUGAGGUUCUGAGAAAGCAGGAGUCGUAACCCCCUGGAGGCCCAGAGGAGGCGCCGGGAGUCCGCCGUCCCCAGUGAUGGCAUCCACAUCUGCCAGGAGUGGGGAGAAAAAGGACAGCUGGCUAUCUCAAGCUGCGGCCUCCUUAGGCGGAGGGCAGAAAACCUCAUUAUCCCGAUCUGAAGAAUUCCUGACCCAGAUCAGCUCGGAACUUGCAGACGAAGCACUGUUUAUCGCUCACUCCCACAUGAAUUCUGUGCCCGUCAAGGAAAAGCAGACAAAAGACCAAGGGACUCAGAUAUCCAGACAUGUGUUCUUCACCAAGACCCGAGGCACAGACACCCGCUCUGACAGAAAUCGCACCCGGACCAAGGCACACCUUCUGCCGUCUCCUCGUGAAAAGGGACCAGGCAUACAAGUGAUACACAAACCUACAUUCAGGCAAAACACCAUCACACAGUCCUUCACUCAGGAGGCAGAAGCAAGUGAAUCCGUAUGAGCUCCAGCCCAGCCUGGACUACAGAGGGAGAUCCAGGGAGCACUCCCCACCAGCCUGACAACUGGAGGAUGAACCCAGUCUUCCCUGGCCGCUGUUCUCUCGGCCUCUCGCCCUCCCUUCCACUUUGCCCCUCAGUAAAAGCCUCAAAGCUCCUCUUUUGCAACUGACUAAAGACCUCAUCUUGAGAGGAACUCCUGGUCAUAAGCAAAGCCACUUUUGAAAUCCUCGAGAUCUUCUGGAGCUGUCACAGGUGGAAACCACCACGGGCAAACACACCACUGGGGGAAAAAGUUUUUUUAAUAAAAAGCCAGGGAUCCGCCCUUCCCCAAAGGUUGGCAGCGUUCUGGAGUGGCUUUCCGAGGGGGCAUGCCUUUCUUCCAGAGGGGGGAUGGUGCAUGCCAGCAUAUUCCUGGAAUCUGGUUGUCUGCCACCUGCUGGACCCAAACCCAUUCUCCAGUAGCUCGGGGCUAGCCUUGGCUUCUAAUGGGCCACUCUUGCCACUAAGGAGAGCCUUUGCUGUCACUUCAGGUUCUGAGGAC